AUGACUGAGAACACCCAUCAGAAACCAAAAGACCUUUUUGAGCCUGCUGUGAAUACUGCAGACACAGACGAGUCACCGCCCCAAGCGACCUGUAAGGAUGUCGAGUGGAAAGGCAAUAUGCUUAAGCAUAUAUUUAGCCAGGUACUUGGCAUAAGCGUUGCUGAUUGCACAGAUGACCGUUCGCUGGACAGCCUGGGUGGUGAUGCACUUGCAGCUGUGCAGAUAGUUAGGGCGCUCGCUGAGAAAGGUAUCCACGCGAAUACCGAUGACAUCUUACGCAGACCGAUCAAAUUCAAUAUGAUGGUUAAGGAGAGACAGCCACUUGUCAAACCAUCUCAAGCUGCGAAGCUUAAAGAUGAGAUUAACAUUCCAUAUCCACUGUCCUCUGCUCAGCAAUUUUACAUCAAUCAUCAAGGUCAAGACUGUUCUAUAACUGAGAGUGUUUACCUACGCACCACUUCUCCGGUGAGCGAGGCAGUUGCUUCCAGAGCGCUUGGCUUGUUGGUGAAGCAACACUCUGCGCUUAGGUUACGCUUCUACCGUCAACCCAGUGGUGAACAUUUUCAAGUUGUGACUUCAGAUGUUGACAACUCCUAUCGGGUGUGUUUCCAUGACGAAUGCGAUACGUUGGACGGCAUAGCAUCGUUGGCUUCAGCGGCAGCACCGUUUGACAUAGAGAAGGGUCCUGUUGUGGUUCUUCACUCCAUUGAACAGAGUGGUAGCCAGUUGUUAUACUUACGCGCGCAUCCUCUUGUUGCGGAUGCCAUGUCAUGGCAUGUUAUUUUGCCUACGUUGGACCAACUACUGCAAGAUAAAGAGCUGUUCGAAGCCAACCGCAGCGGAAGCGCCUCCUACCAACAGUGGGCUCGACAAUUAGCCAAAACAAAGCGCAAAACCGCUGAGCCCAAUACAAAGCUUCGUGCAGAGGGCCUGAACAGAGACACUGCCCAGACCGGUGUUAUCAAAGGAUUUGCAAACAGCAAUGUCUUACCAGGCUCCUGUAUUGGCAAGCUAUCGGUCGAAAACACCCAUCAACUCCUUAGAAAUGGCCAGCGAGUCUUGCGAACUGACGCAACCGAUUUGCUACUCGCUGCCCUAUUUCAGUGUGUGACGAAACAUCAAAGGGUGUGGGUUGAAAACCAUGGUCGUGAUACAGGUAUUGAAGAUCUCAGUGUUGCGGGCACAGUUGGACGUUUCGCUUUAUUUCAGCCGAUAGAAUUGCCACAGGAACUGUUUGACAGUGUCGAUGUCUUGGAGAUUCUUAGAACAAUUAAAGAUUUCCGGCGGAAGGUUCAUGAGGGAUCAGUUUCCCUGCAACAAGAACGGAUCGAGAAUUUCCGGACAAUUUGCAAUAUCGGAGACGUCACAUUUCAAUGGCUCAGUCUUGACUUGAACAGAUCGCAAAGCCUUUCACUUCUACAACAGUUGCCGCCAUCAUCCUCGUGGAGUCAUUCGGUCCCUACAGCGCCACAGGCACGCCUCCAGCUCUGUGCUUGGUUGGAAGGGGGUCAGCUACAUUUCCGAUGUUUCCACGCAGACUCUCAAGUAGAAGCUGAAUCUAUGGUAGAGAGACUGCAGGGUGCUCUUCAGGCUUUGAACAAGGCACUAGAGACUCGAACAAGCGAGUGGACCGCUGCUGACUUUCCUCUAUUCAAAGGUAGCUCAGGUGACCUUCGACGGUUGAUGAGCCGACUUGGCACAGUGCUACAACUUUCAGAUGUUCGAGAUGUAGAGGAUCUGCUUUCUUGUUCUCCUGUCCAGAAAGGUAUGCUUAUGGCCGAGCUUCGCGAUAGCAUGCAGUAUAUCACGCGGUGGAUGUGGGAAGUAAAAGCACCAGCAGGACAAACACUCGACAUUAAGCGACUCGAAGUGGCAUGGCAAAGUGUUGUGCAGCGGCACACAGCUCUUCGCACGAUGAUCUUAGCGGACGCAGAGAAGGGCAGGUUUUAUCAAUUGACAAUGAAGCGCACGAUCGCUCGUGUCACGUUUCCGUCAUCACAGCCGCUUCUAGGCAAUCUCCAGCCAUUGUCGCCCCCAGCUCAGUUGACUCCAUCUGAUAUUUUUCUAUCCACGCAUCAUCUAGCUAUCUUCCCUAUAAGCAAAGAUGGAACCAGUUGCUUCGUGCAGCUAGACAUUCACCAUGCCUUUAUCGAUGGUUCUAGCAGGGCCAUUAUAGAAAAAGACUUUGUCGAAGCGUAUGGCCAAGAAACGAGCGCCUCUUUAGCACCCGCUAGUCCGUACUCUCUCUAUGUUGCAGAAGCUGAGAAUCGAUCUGUGUCGAACCAAGCCUCACUAGCCUUCUGGAAAGAGCAUAUAAAUAAGAGCGGCUCGCAGAUUGAAACGUGUUGUAUUAAGCGCUUACCAUGCAGCUCAGACAAGGACUCUGAGAGAGGAAAGGAAUCAGCACAACAGCUCCGUCCUGCCGGCAUCGUGGUAAACACGGAGCUUCAGGAGCCAGCACGUGUGCGAGAGUUCUGUAUGCGCUACGAAGUCACGAUAGCCGAUCUAUUUCAGGUGGCCUGGGGUCUUAUGCUUCGUCUUUACGUCGGUACUUCCUCACCUUAUUGGGGAUGUCCAGUUAGCGACCGUGACACACAAAUUACUGGCAUACACGAUAUGGUUGGAGUCUUCCUCAAUUGUCUUGUCUGUCGGUUAGAUGCGGUUGAUUCUGACUCUGUGGUGGAGGUUUUGCACAGAUUCCAGAAAGAUCAGCAGCAACGCAUGCAGCAUGCGACCUGUCCACUGGAAGAC